GACUUAGCAUGUAUUUUCAAGAUGGAGCCGAUUUUCAGGAAGAAAAAUCGAGAACUAAUGUUAAUGGAGAUUGAACAAGAUAAAAGACUGGUGGAGGCGUCCCGAUCAGGGGACAUCGAUCUGGUGAAGACUCUGCUGAAGACGGGAGCCUCUCCGGACGCCACAGAGUACAACAAGAGUCUGUUCUACGACUCCAAAAAUUACCUAACCCCCUUAAUGACAGCAGCCUCUCAGGGACAUGCAGAGGUAGUUCGGUGGCUGAUUGAAAACGGCGCCAGUGUAAAUGCAAGUGAUCGUUUUGAUGUUAGCGCUUUACACAUGGCAGCAGAUGAGGGUCAUGUUGAAUGCGUAGCACUGCUGUUGGAGAAUGAUGCUAUGUGCAAUAAUGGAACUAAAUACUCAAAGCAUGGAUCAUACACAGCUUUCCCCCACCCAGGGGGAACGACCCCCCUUCAUCUAGCAGCCAGUGCCAACAAUAUUGAGUGUGUGACGAUGCUGAUCUGGCACGGGGCGGACUACAACUCUGUGGAUGAAUACGGGAGAACCAGUUUAUAUAUAGCAGCCCAAAAAGCCCUAGAAGAGUGUGUCCACGCACACCUGGACAACGCCAUAUGGAAAGACAUAUUGUCGCUGCCAGCAAAAGACACAGGUGACACGCCCCUUCACGAGUGUGUUAAGAAUGGAAUGUUGUCCUGUAUCCAGGCAUUACUACGUAAAGGCUCCGAUGUUAACCACAAGAAUCUGCAGGGCUUCAGUCCGCUACACAUUGCUGUCAGGGCUGGGGAGAAAUUCUCUAUGGAAAUCCUGAGAGAGCUAGUCACAAAAGGUUACAACACCGAUGUUAAUAUUCCAGAGUCACUGGGAUUCACUCCUCUUCACUAUGUUUGCUUCCAUGAGAACAACAUGCAGGAACGGCGACCAGAGGCUGCCGCCCUCCUGAUUUCUUACGGUGCUAAUUUCAACGUUCGCAAUAGAAAUAAUGACAGUCUUCUGCAAUACGAACUGCGCAGUAAAAACCGGGACAUGACCAUCCUCUUUGCUAUCGCUAAAAGCGUGGCCUAUCUUCCUACCAUAGAAUCUCUGUGUAUCUGUCCCCAGUUCAUCUCCUCGGACUACAGUGUUAUGAAUAGAAACAUGAUGUGGAAGUUAAUAAAAAACGAUGUUCAGUAUUACAAGGUUAUGUGGUACAAAGAUCUGACUCGUGAUCCGCGACCGCUUCAGCACUACUGCCGCUGUGUGGUGCGUAAAGCGAUGGGUGUGCCGCGGCUUGGACAGAUUGAAACACUGCCGCUUCCGUCGACGCUAAAGGAAUACCUACAUUUACUGAUGGAAGAGUUCUCUGUGAUAAUUCCUGAAGUACCAGACAACACCUGACACAGUUAUCUACCCUUUGUUAAUGGGACUAAAGGUUGUUCUGCAUACUGUCAGUUUGAUUUUUAAUGGUCAGGUUUUGAGGUUUUGUGAAUUUUCUGUUUUUUGGAGACAUGUGUUCAUGAAUCAGUCACAUUUGAAUACUUUACAUGUAUAUGUUUUACUAUCACUUCAUCAAUAUGUAGAUAUGGAAUGUCUGUGAAAACCAAGAAAAUGAAGGCACGAUUGAUAAUAUUCAUUUCACAAUAUGUAUCUAUCAUUCACGUUAGUUAACAAGUCUCUGACAAUAUCUUUCAUGUUAGUUAACAAGUCUCUGAUACAAUAUCUUUCAUGUUAGUUAACAAGUCUCUGAUACAAUAUCUCAUGUUAGUUAACAAGUCUCUAACAAUAUCUCUCUCAUGUUAGUUAACAAGUCUCUGAUACAAUAUCUCAUGUUAGUUAACAAGUCUCUGAUACAAUAUCUCUUGUGUUAGUUAACAAGUCUCUAUAACAAUAUGACAUACAAUGUAUGUUAGACAACUAGUCAAUAUGACAAUAUCUCUGACAAUCUAAGUGUUAUUUAACUCGUUUCCGUGGUGAUAUCUCGGAUCAGCGAUGUGUACAUUUUCCUAGAAUCCAUGUUUUUCUCAGAGAAGGUUGUUCUAUGUUCUAUGUUUUGUGCUUUCUGUUUGUAUCUAGCUUAAGAAAUAACAAUUGUUAAUCAAAAGGGGUUUUACGGUUUACUUGCUGAUCAGUAAAUCUCAUUGUUUAGAAUCAUAUCCAUUUCUUUCAGAAAAGUGUUUCUGUUUCAUAGCAUGCAGUUUUAUAAUUUAAUUUCACUUGUAAAAUGCUAUUUGAUUGCUUCAUUUGACUUUAUCAACAUUUUUUAUUUUGUAUUAAUUGAGUUGACAUUAAGUUGCACUGUAUGACAUCAUCCUGUUAAUGAUGUCACAAUAUUUUGAGCAGCACCUCAUAUGACAUCCUGUUGAUGAUGUCACAGUAUUUUUAACAGCACCUUGUAUGACAUCAUCCUGUUCAUGAUGUCACCCUAUGGUUAGCAGCUUCUCUUUCCAUUUUGCUGUUACUAUCCACGUCAUUUAAAAUUCAAAUCAUUUGGAUUUUUUUUUUUUUUUUUAAAUGAAAUCAUAAGAAUUAGAAAAUAAUCGUAAUCAUUUUAGAUGCUGUAAAUUGGGACAAUUUAUGUUUUUAUAUGAACUGCUUUACGGUUUAUAGAGUGUAGACUUGCAUUAUAUCAUUUUAAAUGACUUCAGUAGAAAUUUCUUUCAUUGUAAAGAAACAGUAAUUAAAAGCAUUGUGUAUUGUACCAAAACUUUUAAAUAAAGAUAUCUAAAUUCUGACAUAUAACUUACGACGUCUUUGAUUAUGACAUAUAACUUUAUUAUGUAUUUCGGCUUAUGACAUCUCUGAUUAGGUUAUGCCUUUUAAAAAAAAAUCUGUAAGUAAUUCAACCAAUUUUGUACAUGUUGUAGCAUUUUUUAAACCAACAAAUUUUUAAAAAUUUGAAAAUUUCAUGAUUCUUUAUCCCAAUUGGAAAAAAAAUAUGCAACAUAUCUGUAGUCUACAACACCAAAAUUUAUUUUUCAUCCAAGCAAAGGGACCUAGCAGCAGAUUUAGCUGUCAUGCAACAAAAUUAAGGGGAAAUACCCACUAAAUGCGAGUUAAAAAUUGAAAUUGCGAAUGAAAAAUUACAAGUUGUCGCCAUUUUUGGCGAGUGAAAAAAAUAAUCUUUUUUCUGGAUUUCCUCGGUUUAUUGGAUGUGUUUUUAAGUUUACAAUAACUUCGUCUUAUGCAUAUAUAAACGCUUCACAGAAUGAUUACAAACGUAUUGGAAAAAGUAAACGUGGACUGAAUAAAUAACUGAGGACACGGUCAUCUCAGUCGGUGAUGUCAAAUGUAUUUCAAGCAUACUUUGGGCAUCUCAGAGACGUCUGAUUUAAAUAACAAUCAUUAUGAGCUAGCUCGUUCGUGUUUACACAACACAUAAAGGUGUUAGUAUCACCGCUUCAGGCGGUGUCCUGCUGUCUGGUAUCUAUAGUCAAACAGUUCGAGUUGUAGCACAUUUUUCAUCUAGAUUUUUUAAAACAAAAUUUCAAAAUGUUUUGAAUAUAUAUUUUGAAUUGAUGCUAACAUGCAGUCUUCAAGAUUUCCAACCAUGUGAUGUUGUAAAUAGGUGGUAGAUCUCUGGACAGCGAGUACGUCUCUCAAAUGUUCGCUAUGACCCUCACCAUUCACCAUUGAUAUGUUGUUUGAUAAUUCAUGAAAUGGUCAAUGAAAGAACACUCAAUCUUAUUUUUAUUAGUGCACUUUAUUUUCAUAUAUUUUGAUAUAGUGGUAUGCUUGUUUUUAUAAAUUCCUGUAAAAAAGCAAGGGAUUAAAAAUGCUCAUUUUUGCUUGUUGGGAAAUAAUAAUCCACUAGCUAGAAGUGAAAACAGUUAAUUUCAAUAUGUUAGGGUGGUCUAUUGAAUCAGUUUCUAUACUAUAAGUAUUUCUGUACAAAGCAUACUAUAAUAUUGAAUCAAGUAUAGUCAUGUUUAUUCUAAUAUUGUACACUAUGUACAUAGGGUGCGUAUGUAAAUAUGUAGUGCUAGGAGAUUGUAGAUUUGCGAAGUUUGGAGACAGUGUUUUAUUUGAAAAUUUAUGUAUGUUACUGAGUAAAAAGUUUACCCAGAUUUGUGCAA